AUGGAAGACCCCAUCACGAGGUUCUACAAAUGCAGAAAAACCUGCUGUGAGAUGCUCGAGGACAGGGGAUACAUCAUAACACCCAGGGAGAAGAUGGAAAACUUUGCCACCUUCAAGGAACAGUUUGAGGAAAAUGAAAAGCUACGAUCCAGAAUGACUAUCAUCACAAGUCAUAAGAACGACGCGAACAACAAAAUUAUAGUUUACUUCGCAGAUGAAACUAAAAAAACAGGAGUCAAACCUUUGAGAGAGUAA